AUGGCGUUUUUUCGUUUUUUAUUCCUCCCCAUAAGAUUCAAUUCCCAUAAUUCAUGGGGUAUAUAUAGAGUGUAUACUGAACCAGAUGACUGUCCGUUUGCGAAACCAGAACAUGUCUACACAUCUAAUGGUAUGCUUUCCGCUCUCUGUACCCUUACGGUGAACAAUACUAUUCCUGGGUCAGUGACGGGCAAUGACUCGUGGUGCCUCGAUGGGGAUUCGCUCAAGGUGAAGGUGAAGGGAAGUGCCAAUAAGGUUGUGGGAGGCGUGUGUGCACGGGUGUCAUGUGAUGAGGGUAAAGUGAAAGUAAUGUACGCUGGCAACGACACAUGGCACGACUGCCCCGAGGGAGGUUCACUAGAACCAUCGACAAAUUCGUCGAUAUUUGCAGGUGGCAGUAUCAAGUGCCCCAAGUACAGUGAGGUGUGCACCAUGACACCAGAUGGUGGCAGUCGUCUGAUCCCCAAAACUUCUGAGCGAAGGCAACGAUUAACAACCAAUUCCACCCGCGCAAGAGGUGGAUCACGGAGACGAUCGGGGGCUGGCACGCGGCAGUCCAGUGUAAUGGUCUCCAAGAAUCGUACAACAAGGGGGCGCACUGAUGUUGCCGCGAACUGA